GUUAGGAAGGAGUUUCCGGCGGCAGCAGAUCGCUUACUCGUCGCUCUGAGCUGUGCGGUCGGCUAGAGCUGUGCGGACCGAGCGUGAGGAGCACCCUGCGGCCGCCCGAAGCGGAUUCCUGCUCCGAACCCUGCCUCAGCACUCCUGGUGUUUCUUCAUAUUUCUUCAAAAUGAGUAUUACUGUGUGUUUCUUAAGGCCUUUUGCCAGGUUCUUGGUGCCAUAUACCCUUCAUAGGAAGAGAAGGAAUUUAUAUUCAGCAGUUCUGCAGAGAUGCAUGUCUUCCAAGAUACCUUCUUUGUCCUAUCCUAAUAAGGAUAGUACAUCCUCUCCUGAACAGCUAGAAUUGGAUGGGUGGAAAACUGCAAUGAAAUCUAGCAUGCAAGAAGAAGACGGUGUUUCCACAGUCUCAAGCAAGGAAGAUACUCUAGCUGCCACCAGAGAAUUAAUUGAGAUGUGGAGAUUGCUUGGCAGAGAAGUGCCGGAACAUGUUACAGAAGCAGAGCUCAAAGUCAUUAUGGAAUGUCCUUCUAAGUCAGCCCAAAAAAAAUACUUAAGGUACUUGUUUUGUAAGGAAAGAAAGAAAAAAGCUAAGCAGAUAAAAAAGGAAGUGAAAGCAGAAGCAAGGGAAAAAGCCAAGUUGCUUGAAACCACUGAGGAGGCUGAACAAAAAGACUUCUUAUUUCUUCGACUUUGGGACAGGCUUAUUAGUAAUGCGUGGGGCUGGAAGGGUGUCCAGGCUAUGCAAUUUGGACAACCUUUGGUUUUUGACAUGGGUUAUGAUAAUUAUAUGAAUCUAAAAGAACUGCACAAUACGGUUUCUCAACUCUUAGAAAGUGAAGGAUGUAACAGAAGAAAUGUUGAUCCUUUCCAUAUUUAUUUCUGCAAUCUUAAACUAGACAGUGCUUUUCAUAGAGAGCUAGUGAGACGCUAUGGAGAAAAAUGGGACAAACUGCUUUUAACAGCAACAGAAAAGUCUUAUGUAGAUUUAUUUCCAAAGGACAAUAUUAUAUAUUUAACUGCAGAUUCUCCCAAUGUUAUGACUACUUUCAAGCAUGAUAAAAUUUAUAUAAUUGGAUCAUUUGUUGAUAGAAAUUCGCAGAGAGGCAUGUCCCUAGCCAAGGCAAAACGGCUAAAUCUGGCAACAGAGCGUCUUCCAUUAGAUAAGUAUUUACAAUGGGAAAUUGGUAACAAAAACCUCACUUUAGAUCAGAUGAUCCGUAUUUUGCUAUCCAUGAAAAACACCGGUAGCUGGGAAGAAGCUCUGAAGUUUGUUCCUAAGAGAAAGCAUGCUGGCUAUCUGGAGAUUUCUCAGGCUUCUCAAGAGGUUUACAGCAAACUGAAGAAGACAAAGAUUUUAAAUUCAUUUCCAAAAGGCUCUUUAAAUGUACAAAGAUGGAAAAGGUGACCUGAAUAAGAGAAUAUAAUAGUGCAAAAAGUAAACAGAUUAUACAGUUCUAAUGUAUUUCUAUUUGAUUUUUAUUUUCCAAACCUGCAGAGUUGUGUUUUUUCCAACUAAGUAUCAGAAAACUUUGAAAUGUAUUUUGUUUGCUAUAAAAAGACAAUAAUCAGAGAAGUCAUAAGUUUAUUGAAUAAUCUUGAAGUGAGCCCAAUAAAACAGUUAUACCAUUGA